UUAUGAUUUAUAAAUUUGCGUAUGAUGACAGCCUUAGACAUAACGUUUUGUGAGGGAAGCCGAUGGAGGCGGCCCUUGAGGCCUCAAGUUGCCUGAAGGAGGCCUACAAUUGCCACAAACGCCUUCGUUGCCUCAGAGAUUAAGGGGCAUUUCAAGGGCAGGAAGUUUUGCCUCAGGGACGUUUUGAACAAAGAAGGCAGAGUCGCCUCAUAAAAGGCGCCAAGUCCUGAGGGAGGAAGCCAUGGGCGAAGAAGGGAAGAGAGGAGGAGAAGCCAUGGAGGACGAAGGCGACGUCUCUUCUGAUACCGACAGCGAUGAGACAAUCAUUGAGGGCUCUGUGUUCGAAAGUGACUUGGAAGAAGAGGAACUCCGCGGACAUAGGUUAUUUUUAAUUGGUAAGAAUAUGGCACUGGCUGAAGAAAAUAACAUUACUAAUGGAAUAAAGAACAUAAAUGGAGAAAAGCUGUCUCCAGAGAUUCGGUUCAUUUUCAGACAUAAGCAUAAUGAUAACCUACAAAUCCAAAAGGAAACAGAGCUAAUUAAUCUGCUACAUCAAGGGAGUAAUGAAAACGAAGAUUCCCCAUCUCUGCUCCAAUCUGGGAUAAACUGUCUGGUCUUUCCUGCAAAUACUAGCCAGGCAGAUUGUCCACAGGUUGCUACUCUACAUGAAGAAUACCAACCUUUAAUGGAUUCUAAAGUGGAUGGAUUUCAAGAGAAAGCAGACAGAAAGCUUCCACAGAGAUUAAAUAAUGAAGAUUCUCCAGAAAGAAGUCUUCUUUCAGGCAUGGAUAUGGUAGAGGAUGCAACAACAAAAUGCACAGAGGCGCCAUCAGAGGUUUUCCAGAGUGCCAGUAGUAAAGGGAAAGAUAUGACAGACAAAAGUCCAUCUCUUGAAACACUGGCAUUUGACAUAACUGCAGAUGAAACAAUGGCUCAAAAGUUUGAAAAAGAUUUAAUGGAACCACUCAGUGAUUUGGAGACAGUACAAAUGCUUGACAUUGACAUGUUGGAGUAUCAGGAUGAUGUUCUUUCUGUGGAUUCAUUUCAAAAUGAGGAAAGUGAUGCUCUACCAGCAGAGCUUAUCAUAGCCCUGAACUCAUUAUCAGAAUCUGUAGCAGUAUCUGCCAUUUCUCACCCACUAGAAAAGGAUUUCAUAGUAGAGAAACAGCUGACUCCAGAGCAAACAGAUGAUGAAUAUACACAAAUAACAGAUAUAAAUUUAAAAUCUCCAUUUAGUUCACAACACCUUGAAGAAACAGAAGCUUUAAUGGUGACCAAGAUGGUAUGCCCUUUGGAAGAACAAACUGAUUGUGACAAAGACAUGCACAAAUUGAUCUGUUCAGGUCAGCAGAAUAUCACCUCUCAUGACAGACCAGCUGAAAAAGGAAAUUGCACUUCAAAGGAUCCCUGUUCUGAUCAAGUAACUUCAUGUGAAUUUAGCAAGUCUGCUGAAAGAGGAAAGGACUUUACUGUAAAUCAUGUAGACCAUAAUUCCAGUUGUCAAGCAUUUCUAGAAAAGAUGAAUCAGCAGAUAUGCAAUUAUGAGGCUAAAACAAGAAUAUCAACUAAAGAUCUUGGCAGCUCAAACACGAAAGAGAAGAAACAAAAAUGCUCACAGCUGAGAUGCCACCUUUCAUCUUCAGAUAAGAAUUUCAAAGUUGAGCAAGGGAGGAAAAGCCAGAGAAUUGCCAAGAAAAACAAGCAAAUGGCUUCUAUGAAGUUUCCCAAUGAUGCCUCAUAUAAUUGCUUUUCACCAUCAAGUAUCAACAGAAGAGAUAUAUUUGGUCAGACCUUAUUGCACAGAGCAGCUAUGGAAGAUGACAGAGAUAGCAUAUGUGCAGUGAUAAAAGCUGGUGGAGAUGUGAAUAUUCAGGACCAUGCAGGUUGGACUCCACUACAUAAAAGUAGUGUAGCUGGUUCUUUUGAGGCAACAAAUGAACUUUUAAAAGCAGGAGCUGAUGUUAACUGUAAAGGAAGUGAAAAAGUAACACCAUUACAUAAUGCAGUUAAAGAGGGUCACUACAAGGUGGCAGAAUUGUUGCUUUGGUAUGGAGCUGAUCCACUGUUUAAGAAUGAGAGAGGAAAGAAUGCUUUAGACAAAUCUACUGACAAGCACAUGAAGAAACUACUUGAACAUUAUAUAGCUAAAUCUAGUAUACGCUCAGCAUCAGCUGAAAGACUUGCAGUAGAUCCAGUUAGUGGCAAAAAUAGAGUUAAGAAAAGCCAAAGCCAACGUAAGAAUAUAACUAUGGGGUCAAAUGAAGAAGGAAAUGUGAGAAAACAUUCCCUUGAGAGAACAGAAAAUGGUCAUGUGAAGGAGAGUAACACAUUCCUGACUUCACAGACGCAGGAUAAAGAACCAUUUCAAGUCUCUUCACAUUCUAAUAAAAAGCAGAAAAAAGCUCAUGGUCAGCUGCCGCAUGCUACAAUAGCCAGAAUAAACAAAAGAAAUUAUAAAGGAGAAACUCGUUUGUAUUUGGCUGCUGAAAAAGGAGAUUUGUCUUUAGUAAAGUCUUUAAUAGCAUCUGGAGCAUGUGUGAAUUUGAAAGAUAAUGCAGGUUGGACAGCGAUUCAUGAAGCUUCCAACAGAGGAUUUAUUGAGAUUAUUGAAGAGCUGCUAAAAGCUGGUGCUGAUGUGAAUAGUAAAAGCCUGGAUGGUGUUUUGCCAAUUCAUGAUGCUGUUUCAGGAAAUCAUUUUGAGGCAGCACAGUUUCUAUUGUUCCAUGGUGCAAACCCUAAUGAGAGAGACAUCUGUGGGAGGAGUGCUCUGGAUGAAGCUACGUGUGACAAAAUGAAGGAACUUCUUAAGUCUUAUGGUGCUACUGAAACCAAAGAGAUUCCUUCAGUGAGUGAUGUUGUAGACGUAAGAGAAUUACAUCCAUCCAAAUCUAAGAAAAUCCGUAGUUGUUAUGAUUGUAAUCUAGUUUUACAAUCCACAACAGAUAGUAAAAAAUGUGGUAAGAAUAAAUCCAUCAGCAAAGUACUGCAAGAUGUAGAAGAGAACCAGAAAAGACUUUUGCUUUUUGAAUUAAGAAGCCAAAAAGAUGCAGAUGUUUAUAUUCAAGACCUGUCUCAGAUACAGAACACUCUGAAUGCUAUUCUUGCCAAACAGAAAUCAGAAAGAGAUAAACUUGCUAAGAAAUACAGAGCUUCUGUGGAAUCUUUUAAACAAGGAACUCUGAGGGAGCAGCUAGUAAAGCUUGUAUCCAGACAAAAGAGGCUUUUACUUAUGGCUCAAAAACAAAAAGAACUAGGCUCGAAAAUAAAGAACUACAAGAUGUCCAGAAAAGAGCUUUCAAGUUCAGCAAAACAAAUAAGCAAAAAUGUACUUGGUUAUUGUGACAUGAACAACACAAAACAUGAUACUUAUAAAACAGUUCCAUGUCCAGAUCUAGUUAAAACCAGCUUGGUAAUGGUACAGGGUUUCUUAGAUGAAGAGCCAAGCCAGUAUCAAGAAAUAUGUCUGAAUAUCCCAGUAGGAAAUAGAGAAGCAAUUGGCCAAAAAGAGAGUGAUCCACAAAACUUGGUGGGUGAAAGAAUGUUAAAGGAGUAUAACAUACAGGAACUAGUAAAUUCAAAAUGUUCCAGUGCAUUGAACCAGGCAAUCUUGCCUUCAGAACCUAGCACCUCUCAUAUUCAACAAUCACACCUAAUGGAAAUUGACAGUAUACCAGUGGCACCACAAAGAAACAAGCCUCUAAAUGCAACGUCAAGAAUGUGUACACCAAAUGGCUCAGAAACUAGAAGUACUGGAAUAAAUAAUAAUAGCUGUCAACCAGCCACUGAAAGUCAGCAUGUUUGCACUAAUGACUCUUUGCAGCAGCAUUCACAUAUAAAUGAGGCUUUCCAAAUGCAACCAGAAUCCACAUGCUAUCUUACUACUCAGAAAAACCACCUCCCAAAGAACAGGCUUUCAUUUACUGCAAAUUUAGAACCUGCAGGAAUAUUUUCAAAAAGCAAGAUCACCCAAACUGCAUCAGAUUCUGCAAAACAAUUAAACUUCAGAACAAACAGGAAGGAAAAAGGUCAGCUAGGAGAUCUGAUUGAACAGGGAAAACUUAAGCCAGGAAAUGAUGUUCUAGAAUUCAUGCUGCAGGAUUCUAAGCAUAAAGCAAGCCUUUUGGAACAUGGCAAAGUCAAAACUGGCAACAACUCAGUUUACCAGAAUCUAGUUCAGUGGAUUAAAGCACUAUUGGGAAAUGACAUUACUGUAAGCUGGAGAUAUGUAUGCAAUAAGGUCAGAUAUUGUGGAACUCUGUUAUCGGAAAUUAUUGCUGAAGUUCAUGUUCCUCGGGGACCAGAAUUACUAUUGCAGCACAAAAAUGUACCUGGGAGAAGCUCUGCAGAACAGGAUUACAACAAAGGUGGUGAACACAGUUCUUUUAGUCAUGACACUAGUUCCUUCCAGGACAUGGACAAUGCACAGCAAGAAGCUGCAUCUUUUUCUCAAGACAAUGGGGAAAUUCCACCAUUCCCUGAAGCAGAAGAUGAGGAAAUGCCUUCUUCAGUCUGUGAAAUAAAACUGUCCUCCCAAUCAGCACCCUUAAAAACACCCAGAAGAUUUCUACAGUUCAACAGAAUAGUAUUAAUACAGGAUGAAGAAUUUCUGCCGUGUCAUACAAUGGAGCAAUACUGGGAUUUCUACACCCAUUGUGAAAAUUUUGGAUUUAGAACAACUUCUUGAGAGAUAUAUGUUGCUCAUCUAUAUCAGUUAAAAGCAAAAAUAUAAUUAGAGCUUUUGUGGGGCUUAGUCUCUUUUGGAGUUUGUUCUUGCAUAUUUUUAUUAAUAGCACUUUUAAAACAGAGGAGCCCUGUAGAAAGCUGUAAACAGUUUGAGAGCUUAUAAAAAAGGACUGAGCAGGAAGAGGACAUGCAGCUCCAGUUGCUAUGGCCUUUGGUCAUAAAAUGUAACAUGACGUAGAGUGGAUGGGAAGAGCCUGUUUGGGACAAGAUAGUGUUUUUUGAAAAUAAAAAUUGUUGUGGAGAGGCAUCUGUUGCAUUUAGUAGUACUGGAACACAGGCUGACACUCUGGAAUGAAGUAUUUCAGGUUAAAAAGGUGUUCACUUGUUUUUGACUAGGUCUCACAGAAAAGUUUAAUGUUCUUUAUUGAAAUUAGCAACCAGUUUUGACAUGGCAAUCCUACUUAAAAGAAAACAAUUAUAUCCUAUGUGGAUGCUUUAACCAUUUUAACCAGCACAGGACUUUUUCAGCUUCACAUCUACUUAGGCUUAUAAAGAGGUCUUGAAAUAUUGAACUGGUACUCAGUCACACACCUCUGUGUAUAUGUGUACAUCGUACCAGGCAACAAGUAAUUGCAUUUAAUUAAUUUUGUAACUAAUGCUUUGUUUAAUUAUCACAAAAGGUAGCUAUAUAAUUCUACCUCCAGUCUCAGUUUACCUUGGAAAUUUCCAUGUUCAGUAGGGUGAAGCUAUAUUUCAGUUCACUGUUUGAUAUGAUAAUAUAAAGAUAACAAUGGUAACUCUUAUGUAAGGAGAGAAACUUAACUUGCUUAAGGGCGUAGCAUUAACUGUAGAAUGGAGGUCCAGAACUAUUGGGCAGGCAUUAGCAAUAAUGUUUUGUACCUUGGCUUAAAUUUGCUCUGCUUGAACAUAUGGUCCCAUAAAGAUUCAUGGAGCAUUUUUUUAAAAAGCUGAUGUGCAUAUUUUUGAAGUAAAUUUCUUUGUUUUUCUUCAAAGUGAGUUGGUGCUGCUAUAGCACUGCUCAUGGAAUUCGGUCUUUUUCUGUUUAUUUAACAUCUAUCAUUGUGACCAAUACAAUUUGUUUGUGAAAAGAGAAAGGUGGGGAAGUGAAUUUGAGAUCCAUUCACUUACUUGUAAUUCUUACACAUGGUUAAUGUGUUUACCAUUUAUAUUGUCCCACUAAGAUAUAAAAGCACUAGGUAGGUGGUGUUUGCUGAGCUAUUUUGAAGUCCAUGUAGAGGCUUCAAGAUCUGUCUUGGAUUCUAAGCACAUAACAAAAACUGAAGGUUUUUUCCCCCGGUGGAAUAGUUUCCAGUCUCUGAAGGCACUAUAUUUUCUUACAUCUCAUAUUGCAUAUUUAUAAUGGAUAUAACAUGCCAUGAUCAGUACUGAAGGUUUUUGGGGGGUUUUCAAUCCAUGGAUUAAACAAAAAUUCAAAUAUGUGAAUUUGUUAGCUUCCAUUUGUGAAAAAGGAUGAGGAAUAACUGAAUGUUUGAUUCAUAUUGGCCUAUCCAUCUGAUUGGAGUAUAAGCUGGUGCAAUUGAAGUGAUUGAUUUCUGAUAUUCUUUUGUCUAAGCCUAUAAUCAUCACAGGGAUGAGGGGAUAGUCUGUAGCAAUGUUAUGCUUUGUGUCAGCAUUCUGCUGAAAAGAACAUCUAAAGUUUCAAAUGCCAAAACUUAGAAAGAGGGAAAGAAAGGAAGCUAGCUAAAUUCAUGAGUAAAGUUUCUAAAACAGUUUGUUUUCUCUUUAGUAAAGGUCCAUUUCUGUUUUGGUCUUUUUCUGUUGUGAUAACAUUUUUCCUUUGGGGGGGUAUAUCAAACAUAAUUGAAAGGCUUGUUAAAAGGAAGCAGCAGUUCAUAUUAAUGUUUUGCCUGCAGGAGAAUUCUAUGCUGCCUGUGAAAUGUAAAGCAUUUAUUUAACCAUUUGAUUCACUGCACUCUCCAUUGAGUUGGCUGUUUAUGUUGUUCUUCUGGGUGUAAGACACUUAAUAAAUUACAGUA